AUGUUUUAUGACCUGAAUGUCGACUGGAAUCCGUCGAUCAAGGAUGCCGAGCUGUCAAGGACUCUCGCCUUCCUGAGCGAAUUAGGAUACAAUGUCAUCGCCUUGAACCAUACCAUCUCAGGCAGACUUCCGUCCGAUCUCUCCUGCGCCAUUCCGGAUCCUCUGCCAUUCAAAACCCCGGCCUCCUUGACUAUACUCCGCCGCUGCACUCUAGUAUUGUCCGAGUCUGCAACCAACAACCGCUUGGGUGCUCUGGCGAACAACUAUGAUAUCCUAGCUCUGCGUCCCGUCGACGAAAAGACCUUCCAGCAUGCCUGCGGCACCGCCGACUGCGACCUGAUUUCUCUUGACCUUACCAAGCGUCUGGGCUACCACUUCAAGUUCAAGACCGUAUCCGAGGCUGUGAAGCGUGGUGUCCGCUUGGAGAUCGCAUACAGCCAGCCUUUGAUGGCUGAUCCUGCCGCCAAACGAAACCUCAUCAGUAAUGCAACUGGCUUGAUUCGAGCUACCAGAGGUGGCCGCGGUAUCAUAAUCAGCAGCGAGGCCACAAAGGCCGUGGGUUGCCGUGCACCCUGGGAUGUUGUAAAUCUAGCUGCUAUUUGGGGCUUGGCUCAAGAUCGCGGUUAUGAAGCCGUGAGCAAGGAGGCUCGGAGUGUCGUCGUCAGCGCAAAACUGAAGAGGACUAGCUUCAGAGGCGUGGUCGAUGUUGUAUACGGAGGCGAGAAGCCUGUGGCCAAAGACCAGUCCGAGAACCAGGGCCAGAAAGACAAGACCAAGGUAGCAAUCCUCAAGGAGAACAGUGCAAAGAAACGGAAAUCCGAAGAAGUGGAAGACACAACAACAGAUAGCUCGGAGAAGCCCAUCUCAAAAAGGGAACAAAAGAGGAGAGCCCAAAAGGCCAGAACGGAGGGUCUGAACCAGAGCACUACUGUUGCUCCAUAG